AUGCCCAGAGGAUUUUUAGUAAAGAGGAACAAGAAAUCGACACCUGUUUCAUAUAGGAUUCGUAACGAAGAAGAACAGGGGCACUUCUCAGCCCCACAGAAUCAAAGCGAUGCGCUAGCAUCCUCAGCUCUCGGGUCCAGCCCAAGUCGCUCCGCAGGUUCAUCAUCUACCACUGAGGCAAGCGCCGAAGGCUCGAGACAGGAAGCUAAACGGAUUCAGUUUGGGAAUCCAGAGACUGUGUGCCAAGCGCUCUACAGCCCUACCCGACCAGUAAGCAAAGAGCAUGAGCGAGCAUAUUUUGAGAGACGUUUCAAUCUCGGCUCACCGAUCUCGGCGGAGUCGUUUCCAACACCUGCAGCGCUCAACAGUUUGGAUCACCUCCUUUUCGCCCCCGUGGACCUUAAAAUCGGCACUAGUAACAGUAACCGGGGAGGGAUCAGCAACACCCUUCCGACCACCGCCACAGGGAAUGCCACUAAGAGACCAUCUUCCGACACUGAACGUAAGAGCAAACCUGCAUCCAAAAAACCCAAAGCAAUCAGGAAACUUCAUUUUGAAGACGAGGUUACUACAUCCCCGGUGCUUGGUUUGAAGAUAAAAGAGGGACCGGUUGAUCAGAAGCCAAGACCGGUAUCCACUAGUGGUGACAAACCUCUUGGUGAGUUUAUUUGUCAGCUGUGCAGAGAAGCAUACGCCGACCCAUUCGCUCUGGCUCAACACAAGUGUUCCCGGAUAGUCAGGGUGGAGUACAGGUGCCCGGAAUGUGAUAAGGUCUUCAGCUGUCCCGCAAACCUCGCAUCACACAGGCGUUGGCACAAACCGAAACCACAAAACGCAACAGCACUAUCAAAUACCAAUUCAGAGAGCAAUAAAAUAUCCGCUUCUGACAAAUCCGUCUCUGAAGAUUUCAAGGAGGCAAGAGUCGAGCUAGCAAGCGACCGGGACACACCCAGCCCCGGCUUGUCGGAAUCGGGAUCGGAAGAUGGCCUCUACGAUUGUCACCACUGUGCAAAAAAGUUUAAACGUCAAGCGUACUUGCGAAAACACAUUCUGUCACAGCAUGCCUCAGAGAGUGAAAAGAGCGACGCCUGUCAGUCAACCCCAAAUGAGGGAAAGCCGAAACAGGUGAUUUCGUCUGACCAAAUUCAAAGCCAAGCACCUCUAAACCUCAGUUCAUCGGAGUGUCAUCUGUGUCCGGUUUGUGGAGAGAGCUUUCCCAACAGAGUCAACCAGGAGAGGCAUAUACGUCUACAACACUCAUCACAGGUAUUUCCAUGCAAAUACUGUCCUGCGAUGUUCUACAGCUCACCGGGACUAACUCGGCACAUCAAUAAAUGUCAUCCAUCGGAGAAUCGACAAGUGAUUCUGUUGCAAAUGCCAGUACGCCCAGCCUGUUAG